AUGAGCCACAUUUGGGAGGGGCCUCUUGUCUGCUUCAUAACCAAACACAAGCAGGUUAGCAGGCAGGCACGUGCUUGUUUACAUACCCGCCCUCUCCACCACUCACUCUACCCUACCCUACUCUACUAUCUAUCUAUCUAUCUAUCUAUCUAUCUAUCUAUCUAUCUCACACUGUGCUGUCGUGGUGGGGGUUUGAAUGACAAAAAAGUAGUUGGGAUUGUUUUCGUGAUUGACUCCAUUCAUCUCUCUUCUUGUUCCAUUUUUGUCUCACUUAUGUCUUCCUUCCGUUUUGCAUUUUACUCUUCACCCCCCCCCCCACCUAUUUUUUUUUUCUCUCGGGACUUCGGGGGACAGGAGUUGCUAUCUUUUGAACAUUAUUCCUUCCCAUCUGUCGUCCUCAGGAGGAGAGAAACCCUCAGAAGGACACAAGUUCUUUUAUUAUUACCUCGGCCUUAA